AUGUCUAAGGACUACGUAGAGCCACCACUGGUUCCUCUCUUGGACAUGGAAGAGCUCAAAAGCUGGCCGUUCUUCAGAGCUGUGAUAGCAGAGUUUGUUGCCACGCUUCUCUUCCUCUACGUCACAGUUGCCACGGUCAUCGGUCACAAGAAGCAAGCAAACCAGUGCGACGGCGUCGGCCUUCUUGGCAUUUCUUUGGCCUUCGGCGGUAUGAUCUUCGUCCUGUGGAUAUUUUGGGUUGGGCCAUUUAUUGGAGCUCUGUUAGCAGCUGCCUAUCACCAGCAUGUUCCAAGGGCAUCAGCUACUAAAGGCUUGGGAUCUUUCCGCAGUAACCCCGCCACCUAA